AGGAGGAUUCUCAUCGCUCCAAGGCUGAUCGGUGGUGGCUAAUCGGAAUUUCAGCGGUGUUCGACGAAAUUGACGGUGGUACUCGAUGACUUGACGUGUAAUGUUGGGAAGAACACGUCUUCCACACGUGUCAACAGCUAAAUCAUAUUCGCAUUAAUAUUUAUCUUUUAUUAAAGUAUGAUUUAGUUUUGGGCAUGGGCUGUUAUUUCGUUUGUAAUCCUCUGUGUUGGACCUUCUGUAAUCUGCCCUUUUGGGCUUUAUCAAUGAAAUCAAAUGGCCAACAAAAAAAAACUCAAAUCCACUGUAUAAAGGUUGCUGGUAAAAUCUUAAAUAAUAAUAUAUACAUUUUUUGUUUAGAAAAGAUAUAUGGGCCUAUAGUAGUUUGAUUUUUUGAGUAUUAUCAACCCAUUUAGAGAAUUAUUAUGAAACUUUUUUGCUGAAUUGUUUCUUUACUAUAGAUGCUAAAUAAUGAGGAAAAAUAGAUAUUGGUCAGAUUUCUUUCUUUACUAUAGAUGCUAACAAAUCAUGAUAAACAAAAAUUUCUGUCAAUCGCUUUGCAAGGUAUAAAGUAAAUGAAAGAACAUCAAAAAGUAAAUUCACAAUUUGUAUACAAUUAGUAGAGGAAAUGGUUUCAUUCUCUGAUUGUUUCUUCGUUCUUCAAGUGGCUUUUUUGUUACAAUUUCUCGUAGUCUCAUCUUCGACCUUGAACUCCACAAAAUACAUCGAUAAAUUAUGCGAGAUGCCAUCCAUCGACGACAAAGCCUUUUGUUUGCAAACGUUGAGCGCAUAUCCUCUUGCCGCUUCUGCCACUGGCUUGCUCCCACUUGCGGAAGUCGUGAUCCGCGGCAUUGACAUACCCUAUGCCAAGUUGUUGGUGAAAUCUGCAGACAGAGCAGCAGAAAAGGUACCGGCUCUGAAGGAACAGUUCAAGGCGUGCCGAGAUGCCUACUUUCUUAUAGUAAUGUCUCUCAAGAGUGCUGCUUCAGAACUCAAGAUAUCUCCAGAAACCGCUAACUAUGAUGCUAUGGUUUGUUUCGACCAAACAACCCUAGUGCAGAAAUUGAUCGGGAAAAACAAAGACUUGACUUCGAAGAGUCUCAUGGAGAUGACAUUGCGUAUGGAUAAGCUCAUUCGUCUCGCUAUUGGAGCCACCGAAGUUGUUGGAGGAUGAAGACAAAAGAUGAGAACAUAUACCAUUAUGCUUGUCUCAAUAUAUGAUUGAAGACUAUUUUAAUAUAUGAUGUGUAUCGUUCCAAUUUUAUUGGAUGUCCGGAAAGGACAAAUAUAUGAUCUAAUUACAAAAAUAUUCAACCUCUUUUUUAUUGCAAAUUUUGAAAAGUACUUAAUUCUGCCAA